UGCUAGUGUUUAUAGCUCAGAAUCACGAAAUAAUGCGCUAUUUCGUGAAUCAGCUGUGGGUGUAGAAGUGUCAUAACUUCAUUCCAAACUGUAUAGUAUAUGUUGUUGGAAAUGUUGAUGUAGGUAGCGGGCCCUAGUGCGAAGAGUGAAUUACACAUGUUCUAAAUAGUUUACCGAUGGAUUUUUCUGGUGAUCCAACAGGCAGCGAAAAUACUGCCUUUGAGAUAGAUGAACAGUUGCGCAAACUGACAGUUAAUAGUGACAAUAGUUUUACAUUUACCGAAACUCAGACACGCGAAGUGCUGCACGUAACACACAAUGAAAUCGUUUCAGAGUGCUUCAGUGAUGCUCUUUCAGAACAGGCAGAUACUGUUGACGGCGCCAAUUUCAGUACAUUGUCAACAUGGGAAUGCGUACCUCCAGAGUCGAAGAAUCUGGACAGAGUUGUGGACGUUCUCUCGCCGGAAGAAGUUAGGUGGUUUUAUAAAAGUGAAACUGAAAAGCGAUGGUUAGAAUUUAGUGGAUAUGAUUCUUUGCGAAUAGAAUAUAAAUACCAGGAUGUGUUUCAUAAGUGGCAUAGUGCUCAUUACCCAGAAGACAAGGAAAAUGAGACAGAAGAGUCCAACGAUACCGGUUGUGCCUUAUUUUCAGAAAACGAUAGCUUUAAACAUGACGAUUCAAGCAACAAUUUCGGCAAAGCCGAUUCAAGCUUUACAACAGACUCUGAGCAUAAAAUCGUCGUCCGUGGUGGAUUAUAUGAAGUAGAUCUCCAUGCUUGGAAGUGCAAUUCCAUUUAUUGGCCAGGUGAAGAAUGUGCUAUCACCCGUGGGACCUGGUUCUAUGCAACAUGGCAACCCUUGGAAGCUGACCACUGUGAUCAACUAGAAGCUGUUCAUUUAAGUCUUUUCAUUGGGAAGAAGCUCCUUGACUUGCUGCCAGAUCCUACUUGCAACACUGCUCGUCCUGCUCUGCAUACGGAGCCUUUUGCAGAAUUUCAAGUGGACUGGUACUCACCAUCAGAAGUUUACCUUUAUAGUGAAGCUGCGCCUUCCAAACUUAUGCGUAGUGUCACUCAGAGGCUUGGAUUUCAGAAAUCUACAGGAUAUCGUCUAUACCGAGGAUAUAAGAGUCUUGCCACGGAGUCUGAUCGACCAAGUGAUAUAAGCCACCUUGUUUUUGUCAUUCAUGGAAUUGGACAAAAGAUGGACACUGGUCGCAUUAUACGAAAUACAUCAACGUUUCGUGGCUGUGUUGAUUGGAUCAAAGAAAAGUAUUUCAACAACUCUAAAUGCCGUGCAGAAUUUUUCCCUGUAGAAUGGCGAUCCUCUCUGAAGCUUGAUGGUGACAUUGUGGACUCAAUCACACCACACAAACUGGUUGGUUUACGACAGAUGCUGAACUCAAGUGCGAUGGACAUCAUGUAUUACACUAGCCCACUUUAUGGAAAUGAGGUUCAGCAGGGUCUAACACAGGAGCUUAACCGCCUUUACUCCAUGUUUUCACAAAGAAAUCCAUACUUUGAAAAGAAUGGUGGCAAGGUUUCUGUAAUGGCACACUCUCUUGGCUGUGUCAUAGUAUAUGAUAUAGUAACAGGGUGGAAGAUAUCAGCAAAUGGUCCCACGGAACUGCCCGAGAAUGGUUGUGGUAAAUCUGCUCUCUUGUUUCAGAUUGAUAACUUGUUCUGUUUGGGGUCACCACUUUCUGUGUUUCUUGCGCUGAGAUUUCGUGAACCGGAAGACCAUGUUCUUCCCCCUUCUCUUUGCCGACGUCUCUACAAUAUUUUCCACCCAUCUGAUCCUGUUGCUUACAGAAUGGAGCCACUAUUAGUCCGCGAGUACAGUAAAGUGGCUCCACUGCAGAUACAUGCAUACAGUUCAGCUGCAACAAUGCCUUCAUAUGACGACUUGCUCCCUGAGCCACUAGUACCAGAUGGUGCCAUAACAACUGUACCAUUAGCUCCCACGACUGCUGGUUCUGUACAGCCAACAUCAGGUGCUUCAAGUGACACAGUGAGUGCUAGUACAGACAAUUCAGUCAUAGGAGGGUGGAGCUUGUGGGGUCUCAUGAGAAGCAGCUGGCAACCUCGUGAUGGACCAGGAUCUCCAAUUCCUGAUGCCACGAAAGGUCACAUCAAGUUACCACACCGUCUUGACUACCUCUUGCGAGAGACAAAUCUGGGUGGCAGUUACUUGUCUGCACUUACAUCUCAUACUGCCUACUGGAGUAACUAUGAUGUUGCUUACUUUGUUUUAACGCGUCUGUUUCCACACCUUGAAGAGGAAGAUGCUGAUUUGGAUCUAGACAGAAUUCCUAUAUCGUAUCCAGCAGAAGAGACGUAGUGUUCAAAGAGUCUCGGUGAAGAUGUCCUUGUAGACGUGUGCUGAAAAUCAGCAUGUUACUGUUCCUUUAAUCUGUUAUCUAUUUCUUAAGAUGCAGUCAGGCAGUCUAGAGAUAUUAUUGGGGCCGUAACAUGACACUGGUGAUAUCAGCCGUUGGUUGCCCUACACUAUAAGAAUGUGAUAUUUAUGAUGAUGGUGUGUACAUCCAUGUAAAUAUUUUUUUUUUAUUGAAGUUAAUGUUCAGUGCUGUGGCCUUUACCUUUACUUCGUACAAUGAACUAAUGACAUUGUAGAUCUGUUGCCACAAUGUAAUAAACAAAGAUCCAAAGCUACUUAAAGAAGAAAAUAUAUGAAAUGGCCUCCAUUAGCAAUUUUUUGUGUAUUAGGUAUUGCAGUGCCUAACCAAAUUUACAAGUGUGUUGAACACACAAACAUAACUUAUUUUCAUUGAGUCAUUGUUACUUAGUAUUUAGGAUUUAAUAAGUAGAUCAUGUUUAAAUUAAGAAACUUACAAAGAAUUGAUCUUGUUGCAGCAAUAGUUUCUGGUUAUGACAUCUUAAUUGUGAUCUCAUUAUUUAUGAUGAAUGUAACACAUGCCUAAAUAUUUUUUUUUCUUAAAUCCCUCAUAUAAAUAUUACUUAAAAUUGCUUGCUUGGUGUUUAUUGAAGCCAUUCUAAGCAAUAUUGAAUGAUUGUUUACUACGAAUAUGAUGUUAUCUGAAUGCUUAUAAAAGAAAAAUAGAUAUGUUCUAUACUUUGUUGUCUGUUAUGCCAUAUUUAAUGUGGUGUUUCAGCUGGAGAGUACAUUGGUGCUUCAUAAAUUCUGCAUCAGGGUAUGGCGUCACAGGUUAUAAAUGUGAAUAUAUUUUUGUAAUGUGCAUGUAAAUAUCUGUAAUUUGAAAUUCACUACCAAGUGAACUUUCAUUAUGAUGAUUGACUUAUUAUGUAUGUUCUGAGUCAUUCACAUUUUUAUGUCUGUAUAUAUGUGUAUAAUUAAUUUCAUGUCUUGUUUACUAGACAAGUAAAAGUAUCAUAUAUGAUUUCAAAAAAAUGUCAUAUUAGUUGACGUUAAAUAUUCCAAUGAGACAAAACCAAUUAAAAAACUCUUAAUUACAUAUUACAUUUCAGUUUGAUAUUGGUGACAUGUACCUUCAGUCAUCUUCUGUUUCUCAUAAUAUUUUGUAGAUCAAAGGAUAAUAAGUUAUUUGUUUCUCUUGACAUAUAAGCAGAUGACGUGAAGAGACUCUUUUUGCCUCACUUGUACUGCUUGUCUUCAUGUCUUCUGUUGUACUCAGAUGAUCCUGAAGGGAAUACAUCUGUAUGAUAAGCAGUGAUUUGACAUUUAUGCAGUUGUCUUUAUUAUGAUGCAUAUUUUGCAGUGAAAUCUCUCUUUAUUACAUGUUCUUAAUGAUAAUAUUGUAUGCAUCUUCUCUUUAAAAUCCAAGCAGAUUAAGUUGUUAGUGCCAUUCAGAGAUGACUGUAUGCAUAAAUUAUCAGAGAAUGUAAAAGCAUCUUGAGCAGUAUUGUAGAGUUUAUCAAACUCUGGUAAUAUUUAACUACAGUAGGUGGUUUACAUUCUCUCUCUCUCUCUCUCUCUCUCUCUCUCUCUCUCUGUGUGUGUGUGUGUGUGUGUGUGUGUGUGUGUGUGUGUGUGUGUGUGUGUGUGCCCCCACAUCUCACUCUCUCUUAAUUAUUCAUUAUUCGAGAUUAAGUUUUCAAGUUGUUAUUGAUCUUCUUUUGGUUUCAAUGCAUACACAGCUUCGAAAGCAUAAAUAUGGAGGGAACAAUACAUGCCAAAUGAAAAAUGUCUUAAAAGUUCUUUGAACAUAACAACUCGAGAUGUAUAUAAGUUAAAUGUAACAAUGUUGAAUUCCUUGCUUGUUGAUCCAGUUUCAAGAAUUUCUAGUCCCAAAACUGCUUCAGCACUACUGAGACGCCAUUUAUUUUAUUUAAUGAAAAUGAUACUGCAGUUUUUAAGCUCUGUGUUGUUAUACUGCCAAUAAUUGCAAUAUGUACAUGUGUGUAAAGAGUCGUCUGUGAAAUUCAGUGCCUCAAAAAGGCAUGGAAAAACUGUUGUAGAUCUUGUGCAAUUUAAGUUUUGAACUCUGACAAUGAAUGAUUUUCCUUCUAUAUUACACUAUGCAUACAUUAUAAAUUGCUUAGUCAGGUGAAACACGUUUUUGUCAUUACAUAUAUUUCCAAAUAUGGAAGGUUGUUUUAUCUUUAUAUGCAAGCUACAUUUGUACAUAUUUUACUCUUUCCUUUCAGAAAGCUAUUUUGCUGGGAUCCCAUGCUAAAGAGGGAAUUAUAAACUAUUCUAUGCAUUCUUGUUUGUGUGUGAAGAAUCCACCCAAAAAAAACUUAAACUUAAUUCUUGAAAAUUUCGAAACAUAAAAUAAAUAAGGUUAAAUUAGUGCUUCAUAGUAAGUUUAUAUUGUUGGACAUAAAACUUGUGGCCAACAGUUUAAAUAAUUGUUUGCUUUUACAGAGUUGUUAUUGCAGCUCUGCUUCAUCCGUAAAGACAAAAAUGUGGAUGUCAACAACUACUAAGCAAAAACUUGCACAAAAUUGUCCAACUGAUGUAAAUCAGUAUUUUAAGAGAUCUAAAAAGAACAGUUUGUAGAAUUGUAGAAGGGUAUAAGAAGAAAAGAGGCGCUGUUUGUUCACAGAGUUCAACAAAACAAGAAACUGUGAUUUUAUUUUUGUUAUUAUAGUACAAAAAAUAAAUAAAGAAUUGAAAUUUUUAUUCAUUUUUUUGUGGAGGUAUUGUUAAUGAUCGAGAUUGCCAAAUAUUACUAGAAAUAAACAGUAUUUUACAUGUUCACUCUCUCUUUUGAAACUUCUGAUCUACUGUUUGCAUACACUUGUGUGACUAUAGAUGUAAUUUAGACUUUUUAAUUUGCAGAACUAUGCAACACAUAAGAAUAUUAGUUUGUAUUUAGAAGUCAAUAGAGCUAUUAUGAAGUAAUGGGUUGUCAUAUAGUGAUAAAAAAUUAAUGCAUGGGUAGCUUGUCCAUUGUUGUAAACACUGUUCUUUACAUAAAACAAAGGCCAGUGUGUGUGCCUGUGAUAUUGCUGUUUUUUUUGCAAUGUCAAUAAUAAAUAUGAAUUUCUCAUUUUGUCAUA